AUGGCUUACUCAAGUUUUGUGGGUUUGAUGCUAGUUGCUUUGGUGGCUAGCUCUGCUUUAGCUCAGGGUUCGGGAGCCUCACCAGCUGCUUCACCGAAAAAGUCUCCAACAGCUGCUCCUCCUCCGGCUCAAACCUCGUCCCCGACACAUUCCCCCACCGUGUCUCCACCAUCAUCGGCUCCCGUGCUGACUAGCGCCACGCCUCCGGCCGGUGCCCCCACCAGCUCGCCUUCGGCUCCUCCCACAUCUUCCCCUUUGGCGAACAAUCCAUUUGGCUCGGUUCCCCCAACCUUGAUCAGCAGGCCGUCGGCUGAGUCUCCAACCAGUCCUUCUGGCAAUGAUGCAGCCUUGAACAGAGUCAUCGCCAUCGGAUCUGAAGUCUCCUCCUCCAACUUCGCCAAGUGUUUUCGCCGAACUAGGCAGAUCCUUCCUAGCUAA